AUGAGAAGAAGCCUCCUGCAGAAGCCAUUCCUCCCGGGCAAUGAAUUCCAGUUUGACUUCUCCCCCAUCGGGUGGCUCCAGCGCAAAGGGGCCACAUUUGUCCCUUGUGCAGUCCGCGCUGUGACCUGCUGCUGUGGCACGCUUCCAGGAGAGUCAUCAGGACCAGCCAGAACUCCUGGAGUGUUCCACCAGAAAGGAAGAGCCAAGAGCUUGCAGUGUGUGCUGCGAUGUUCUUCUGUCUGUCGUGUGAUUUCCCUGGGAAGCUGGUCUGUGUGCGUGCUGGGGAAGCGGGAUGCGGUUCCUCUCGCUGCAGCUCCGAUCAAGUGUGGAGUUCACCGAGGGGACAGCGAGCAGGAUUCAGGAGGAGAUGGGUGUCUCCUGUCCUCCCUCACUGCAAUUGCCUCUUUCCUUAUUUAUAAGUGCAAGCAAACAGGGCGUCCCAUUGAUAACCUGGAUAAUCCGAUUCUGAUUUUGGCCUCAAGUCUGUUCCUGUGGACAAUCUCAUUUCUUCAAGAACUGAAGGCUGCACUGACUGCCGGGGAGUUAGCAGGGGAAGAUGAAGGAUGCCGAGCUGAAGAUGAAGGAUGCCAAGCUGUAUCCAAAGCGCGGAUCAUGUUUGAACUCUUCCAGGCAAUACAGCUAAGGAAACUCCAUAGGAGGAAGGAAGAGACAGAGCCUUUAGUGUUUGGAAGGCUGCCUGAAGGAUGUGGCGGUGGGCAUCUUCUCUCCUUCCUCAUCUUCUGAGGACGCUGUGGCCCAGCUCUGCAAGGGUUUUAGCCUCCAAACCGUGAGUGAUGUAGUUUCGUGGUACAUGGUUUGCUGGUACCCACAUCUGCACCCUUCAUCUCCUGUCCUCCCUCCACCCGCCCUGAGCUGCAACCCAAAGCAGAGGACAAGGAACUUUGCACAAAGCUGCUGGAGAUCUUCAGGUGGUUACAAGGACAAGGUUCUGGUUUUGCACUAUCACAGAUCAGCAGGAGGUGGCCACCAGGCUCCCACAGCUGUGUGAUUCCAAAGCCAUCCUACUGAAGACAGAGCCCUGUUGCUGAUCCAGCUACUCCUGGUGAAAUAUUCUCUAUCCGAAGGAGUCCUCUGACUUCAAGGUGCCCCUGAUCAGAGCAGGUCUUGGGUGGACGCAGAUGUCCGCAUGCCGUGUCUCCUGGAGGCCACGCUUGUCCACCGUGGCCCUUUGUGGAGCAGACGAGAAAUGGAUGCAGUGCCUGCAUUUGAAGACGUGGUUCAAGCUGUACCCUCUUCUCUCCCAGGUGGACGUUAACGUCAGCUCUCAGCUCAGCGUGAUGUGAUCAGAGGUGACGUGGCAUUGUUCUUGGGACACGGCUGCAGCUCCUGCUCCAGUGUGAACAACAGGAUGCCGAACGCACGGUUGUGAUCUCCUGCACCAGCGCUGAAUGUGUCCCGGACCGUUUCCCAGGCCCCUCAGUUUGGAAAGGAGCAUCCAACACCUUGGCUGUAACUGGCUCCUGGCUCUGGUCGGUGGAGACGCCUCCAGUAAAUCUCCAUCCUGGGCUGCACUAAGAGGCACCAGUGCCCUUGUGCCAGCACCACGUGCAUCCAGCACCAUGUGCAUCCAGCACCAUGUGCAUCAGCUCCCCGGAGGUGCUCACAGCUCGGGCAGCGCAGAGGAGCAGAGUUCGGAGAGGAGGUGUGGGAACACAACGUGUGGGGAAUGCGCAGGCACCAGAGAGAAAUGCGCUAUUGAGGUCUGUGGCUCAAUGUGAAAACACCUUUUAUUUGCAAGCAAGGGCUGCUUCAGAGCUUCAGCAUCUCCCCAGCUUCUCUUUGCCAGCGACGCCCGGCCCGGGAGUGGAGAUGCAGAAGAUCACUCCUGAGCUAAUUGAAGCCGUCGUGUCCUUGCCAGCAGCAUUUCCCACAUUAGCCAAGUUUGAUCUAAAACUAAUUUCCUAGUCAAGACAAAUCUCUCCUCCACAGUCCUCUUCUUCCUAUAUUUUCAUGUGGAAAUCCAGGGAUGGUUACUGAUUUGGGCCAUGGUGACACUUGCGAAGUCCCUGGCACUGCUGGGUACAAGGUGCUAGUGGUACCUCAUUCCCCAAAUCCCUGUCCCCUCCGAAGGGCUCCCAGGAGCUUGGGAGCGAGUUCAGAUACUUAAACUAGUCUGGAGCUGAUGGUCUGACUGUUCCUCCUGGUAUGUGAAUAGUUUUUGGCUAAGUAAAGAAAAUCUGUUAGGACUUGAUACAGAUACGUGAUAAUCAGUGAAUGUUAUCUUGUUAACCAGAGGGUCUAACAUAACUUUAAUUACCAGUGUUGUUACUGACUGCUGUCACAUCCAUGAAGGAGGCAGACUAUGAGCUGACUUAGAGAAAUAACAACUUCUGGUGAUUAAUUAUUGCUGUUGGUCACGUGGCGUCUGUAAUGAUCUCCGGGAACGGUUGGCUGGAGCAGGAGAAGGAGGUAUUAGCCACUUGUCCUGGCUGGGCUCCAGCUUUGGCUACGAUGAUCGGCCAGACGAAAUUCAUACCGUGCCGCCAGCUCCCCGUCAUGAUGUUCUUCUAUUCAAUCUGGCAGUGGCAGAGCAGGGUAAUGUGUGGUCUGAAACAUCUGCUGAAGCUCAUAAAACUGUGUGUUACAGGAGGGAGGAUUGUUCGGAUUAUUGCUAUUCUGCCAAACAUGUAGUAGAGCGAGCGACCAUUGCUGCUAUCAGGGGAUGGAGGAGCUUGGCUCAGCCAAAAUGGGAACCACCUUGCCCCUUGCCCAUAAAUACCUGAACCACCUCUAAACAAGCUCUUGGACGCAUCCCGAGACGCCUUAAAAUGCUCAGCUGGAAAGCAGCAGUAUCUCAGUGCCGACUCACCAUCAGCUCCAUCAUCUGUGGACCAUGGAUGGUGGCCGCAUCCCGACCUGCAAACCCAUGGAGCUUUAGCACAAGAGCAUCUUGGCUUCUAAGCACAUUUCCCAACUACAAUGCCACUUAUUCCAGCCCAGAUCUCCACUGAACCUCCCGGUGGCUUUUCACAGUAUCACAGUAUGUUUGGGAUUGGAAGGGACCUCAGAAGAUCAUCCAGUCUAAUCCCCCUGCUGGAGCAGGAACACCCAGAUUUCUGCUGAUGAGCACAACUGAGGGAGGCAUUGAGGGAAGGACCUUGAAUGUGCCACCGAGGAGCUGUACUGAUGUUCCUAUGGCACACGCACGUGGUGACAGGAUCAUCACCAAGACGUGUUCCUAGAGGAGGCUGGAGGCUCAGUCUGUCCAUAGCAUACAGGAAGGCAUCUCUCAAGCAAAGAAGCUUCCAACCUAGGACCUUGGAAGCUGUUUAUUUUCCUUGCCUUCUGGAGGACUCGGCUGGAGGCUGCAUGGAGGCUUCUCCCAGAUACAGGCUACAAGCAUGAGCAAGCUCAAGGCCAGAAGAAACACUUUGGAAAGACAAUGUGUUGGGUUUGUGUGGGUUUCUUUUUUGUCUUUUCACUUGCAUUUGUGUCUGGUUUUGUAGAACUGACCUCCUGCAGUCACUCCGCGGAUUUAGGAAUCUUUAUCCCACUGUCAGUAAUUUUUACCAAGUUGUAAGAGCUUGAUUUUUCCACUCUAAAGCUUGGCUUAUUAUACACAUUUGUCAUCAGCUCUGGGGUCCUGGUAAAAGAAGACUAAAAAGAACAAGCAAACAAACAAAACCCACCCAGCAGGUCCCAGAUUUUUAUUUUGCCAAUAAUAGUUUGGGCUGGACUUAGGAUUUCAUUAAAAAGCUUUCCCAACCCUUCUGGAUUUCGGCGCAAGCUGUAUUCCCAGACACCACAACGCUCGACCAGGAGUUUCCUUUAGGUUUAUCCUGAAGACGGGAUGUUUUGAAGGUAACUCGUGGGGAUGUCUGGGUGGACGUGGUGGAUGCUGGGGAGCUGGUGGUCCUGCCUUGGGUCCUCACGGUGUCCUGGGAAGGGCUUGGAGGACUGGGACAGGCUUGGAGGACUGGGACGGGCUCAUGCUGCCGCAGCUCCCAGCACACAGCAGGCGAGGGAGGCAGCGCGGAGCCGCUCGUCAUUUUGAUGGAGCCUCCUGCCGGGAGCUGCGCGAGUCUCAGACGCUAAAUUAAAUGAAGCAGGAAUGUUGUUGUUUCAAAAACAACCGGCCGCGGUCACCGGUGUCGACAUGUGUCCUGACGUCUGAUGGGUCCCCAAGGAAUGAAGAAGAGGGGAGAGAUGGAAUUGUGGAAACGCAUCACUGGAAAGAAAAUCUGAUCUUGGAAGAGGAUGAACAAGAGGGACCUUUGCUCCUUCCACAAAAAUGUAGGGUGAGGAUCCAUUUCACAGCGUCUCGCACAGAACAAGCUCUUCAGCUCGCUUUGCUGGAGAAAUGCCUUUUGCUGCAGGGAUGCUUGCGUUGCCCAGUUUGCUUCUUCAGGUACUCGACAGCAUCUGAAACCAGAAAGGGAAAAACCAGAGAUUAAUUUGGAGACAUCAGUCCCUGUUUUCACACUCCCAGUUUACUCUUGACGAGAAUCUGACCAUGCAGAAUUAAUAAUCUCUUUUCCUGUGAAAACUGGAAAACCCAGAGAAAGUUCCCAUGAGAAAAAAACAGCCAAACCCACCAGGUACAAGAUGAGCGUGGGAAGCUCCUUUGUCCUGAAUUGGUACCCAGUGGAGGUCAGGGCGUUGUUCCUGCAUCCUGGUGGCCUGACCAAGAGCAUCCCAGUGCCAACCAAUCUAAACCAUGAUGGACUGGCAGGAAGGUGCAGGGCAGGUUGCUUUCCCUUGCCUCUUGUUUGAGGCUUGCAAGAUAAAUGUCAGAUUUAAAUGACAAGACUGUGGGCAGCCAGUGCAGAAAAUCAAUUAAAAUACCAAGUGGCUUAGAAACAGGAGCUUUAAUUACUCCACAGACAGGUCUUUAAAGGGGAAAAUAGCCAUAGCCCCUGGGUAAGACCUCCUCUACCCUCGUGCUUUUUAUCCCAGGGGUCUUGGGACAUCUCUCCAUCAUGUUUUCUGCGCUUUAAGAGUAGGUGGCUGGAUCUCCAAGUGUGGGCACGGAGCUGGCAUCUUGUUUUGCGGCACGUGAGCUUAGUCACUUGGGGACAUGAGACAUAUUGUAGGGGUCUGAUGGUGGCCAGGUUUUAGCAGCAUGGGCUGCAGAGAGGGAUAAAACCGCCUGGCAGGGUGGCUGAUCUCUGUGAGUCAGGCUUAGGCAUUUCAUCUGAAGUAAAGUCGUCUCUCUGUGGGACCUGGGGCUCAGCAAGCACUUUGUUUAUCAGUGGAAUGGGUCUGCAAGGCUGGGAGACAAAAGAUGCCCUUGUGCACAGAGGCUUGCUGACAAAGCGAUGGGUAUUAGAGGGGAAACAAGGAAAAAGAAUCAUACUUUUCCCAGGGAACACAGGGCUGUAGAGCCUGUUUAUCCUGUCUGCCUGUUUAUUUGCUUUCUGCUGACUUACUGUAAUACAUCCAGCAUGGGUCUUCAGCGGUGGCAGAACCGCAGGGAUUUCGGCGGGUCUUUGGUGGCCCGUCUCCUCGCUCUUCAAAGCUGUUGCACAACCCAAACCAGCAUGUUAAUCAUACCCCGAGCAUGGAAAGUACAGAACAAAACAAAGCACUGAUGAAACUCUUGCAGGCUUUCCAGAUGCCUGUCCACAUCGAUGUCCUGCUGGGAAGUACACGGGGUGAAAUGAGGCUCGGAGGGAGCCAGUCGGGGAAUGGGCUGCGCUCCUCGGCUCUUUUUGCCAGCCCAGAGGAAGAGCCUUGGGACACAAGGUUGCUCGGCAGGACGUGCUGCUGGCUGCCAAGGGAAUGAAAGAGCCUGCUUUUAUGUUUAUGUAACUUUGGGGAAAGGGAGGACAAGCCUCGCUUUAUGCUCUGCAUCAGAAGUGUGGGUGCGCAAACUUUCAGCUCUUCUUGCUGCCCGCCCGCAACAAGCCGUUCCAAGUCGGGUUGCUGCUCACGUGUCAUUCCCCGCCCCAAAAGGAGGCAGGAGGAUUUGGGAUUUAAGCUCCUCAUCUAGAGAAAAAUAACAAUAAUUAAUAAUAAUAAUAAUUAAAGAGAAAUCUGCCUGGAAAGAGCAGAGGAGACUUUUGCCUGCCUGCGGGGAGGAAGGGUUUUAACAAUACUCCCUGUUGGCAGAGAGAUGAGUUAUCGCUAUCCCUGAGCAGCCCAGGUGGGGCAGAGCUAAAGGUCUGAGCUGUGCAAUGGGGGAGUUAUUUGGGGUCUGGCAAAAGGGGGUUCACACCGCAGACAGCUGAUUUUUGGUGGGGCCGUGCUCCUGGCCUGGUUUGCAGCGAUGCUGCUCUCGGGUCUCAGAUAACUUGGUGUGUUUGCAGCGGGGUUCAUGCCGCGUUAGUAGGUGGAUUUUGGUGGCCAGUGGAGCUGGAAGAGACAUGGGCUCUUGUGUGCUGAGCUCUGUGCUGCCAGCUCUUGCUGUUCUUGAGAGAGUCUUGCAGCAUCUGGUGUUGUUUCCUGCUAUUAGCCGCGUGGCUAUGCCAUGUUCUCUGCUUUCGCUUUUCCUCCCUAAAGAAACUUUCCAGGCUUGAGGCUGCCAAAAAAACAUCUUGAAGGCGAAGAGCUGAGCUCGCCCAGGGGCUAAGGAAGAGCGGGGAGAAUCCAUCACUGCGAAUCUCUUUCCUGGGGAGGAGGGAAGGACCAGAUGCUCCUUCUGGAUCAUUGGGGUAGAGCUGGUACUGCCUUGGGAUAAGGGGGACAGGAUGGGGUCCUCUCCUGAGUCUCUUCCACGUCUGCAUUAGGGACUUGGGGUGUGCAGCUACCCCUGAGCAACCUCAUGCUCCUGCCUGGUGAGUCCAUCUCUUUUGCAGCUGGGACCUUUGAAGGAUGACGCUUGUUCCAUGUCCCUUACUGGGGUCAAGACACUUCGGGUCACGGGGACCAGUUUUUCAUCGCUGGUCCUGCGCGGUGUCCAGGACACGAAGCCCCAUCUGAACGCGGCGGUAUUGCAUAAAUGCUGGUUAACGAAGCUGCCCCUGUGCUGGAGCCAAGCGAUGACAUUGCAGAAACAGUCUAGGUCAAAAUAAAUUGCUUUCUAGCAUUCUGAGAUUAUCUAAACCCCUUCCUUUUUCCAGGGUGAAAAGGAACAAAGGCUCCGGACUGAUCAGGACAGAGCCUGGAAUGCUGUUUCUGUGAGCCACGAGAGCUUAUUAGGGAUGAGGUUUGUAAUAACACGGCGGAUUUUCCUGUUGCUCUGGUGUCUUCCCAGCUGCCCAUGGGGCUCCUUAGAAUGGAAGAACAUGGAACUAUGGAACAGAAGCUUGGGUGUUCUAUUCCUUAAUGUUGUAUUUAGUGGGCUGAAAGUUCUCAAAAGGAUCAUCGCUUCCUUAUCAUCAUCUAAUGGCAAAACUCGGCUCUCACACCCUGCACCUCAGGCACACAUGACGGAUUAGCUACUCGGCGCGCUGCUUGCAUAUGAUAUGUAGUAGACUCAGCCUUAAGGAAGACUUAGAUGUGCUCCAUCCAUCCUGGGCCAGCUCAAGCGACAGUGGAGUGACACAGCUCACCAGAGCAAGGGGAAAAAAAUGUCAAGGAUGGACAGAAAAGGCAAAAUGGUAAUUAAUUCUGCGGAAGGAGAAGCCCAGAUAUCUGAGUCGUGUAACCCUGGAUCUCCCAAUAGGUUCUGCACAGGGAACAGAGCGAUUUAACCUGGAGGAGGUGACAAUACUUGGCUGGAGACACAGAGCAUGGCUGCGGAGGUGCACGGGGAUCAAGGGAAGUGUCCUUUGAAAGCUGGCGGUGUCACCUUUCCAAAAGCAAGCACGAAGCUAAAACUCUACUACAGCUUUCCUGGAACGCUGUGAAAAAGCCACAAGGAAGGUCAUAUCACCACCACUGACCCAUGGGCAGCUCCAGAUCCAGGCUGGCCCCGUUUCUGGGUUUUGCUGGCCUCCUCCCGCAAAGCUUGGCUCUGCACCCGAGACUACAAAUGAGGACGAAAGCUCAGCCUUUGGGGACGGAGUUUUCCCCUGAGUGCAGAAGUCUGUGCGCAAGGAAAGGUUCCAGCAAAGAAACCGAUGCUGAAUGCACACUACCCUCCUUUUUCAGUACAUAGGUAGGAAAUAAGAGCCAGGUGUUUUCUUUUAAGGGCAAAGGCGGCAGCAGUUAGCUAUGGAAAGAAUUCUGGCUAUUGCCUGCAUUAGAGAUAACUCUCUCUAAGAGAUGCUGGCUCAGAUGCUUCUUUCUCUCCAUUUGCAGGUGAGAACAACUUCAAAACUUGAAUCCAAUAUAUAAAGGCAGAGAGGGAAAUGUUUAAUUGUCCUGACUCUGCUGCAGGCUGAUAAGCUCACAUUGAUUUUCUGUAGCGGUGUCUCCAGAGUCUACGUGUUGGUGUGUGCGCGUGUGCAUGUGUGAAUGUGUCUUGUUGUUUGGGUAUUUCUAAUCUGCUGUUCUGUGGUUAGAACUCAACACUUCCUCCAGUAAAUGGCCAUUUACAGCGCAACUUGAUGGUUGGUUUGUUUGUUUGUUUCUCUCCUCCUUUUCAUCCUUUCUAUUGACUUCCUACAGACUUGCCACCUGAGCAGGGGGAGAGGUCUCAAUAGAUGUCCCUUCAUCAAUGCAUGUCCCUCAACCUGCAGCUCAAAGGCAGGUUCAUAUUUAUCACAUCAUUUUAAACCGUACCAUCCAAGGGUCUAAUCCCUGCCUAUUGCUGCUCAUAAACCCAAACGGAGGGAAUAACACAAAUAAAGUGGGGCUUUAUCAAGAACUUGAACUAUUUUGCACUGGAGAAGCACAUUAAAAUGUCCAGUUAACUUUUCAUCUAUUUAUUUUGAGGGUUCAUUGGAAACAAGUAAACUGAGCAAGAAGGACUGGAGCAGAAAGUUUGAUAGCUCACGUCUGAAGCCCACAAGCUCCAGAAAACGGGGAUGUCUACCUGGAACCUGCAUGUCCAUCUUAUCUGAGCCUCCAAGCCUGCAGAGAUUAUAUUUUUCCUUUGCUAAUUAUAAAAAAACAAAGUGGGUCUGCCUGCAGCGAUGGAGAAAUGUCCAGAGGAGUGAACAAGGAGACAAGCAGCAUCAGAUGGUGGGGUGGGAAACAGAGCAAACACCAACCUCCCAGGAGGUGUAAUGGGCUUAGCAAACCUGCUUAACACAUGUCAGAUAAAAUUAAAAAAUAUAAUAACAAAAACCCCACAACAAUGUUUAUAAGAAGAUUAGCUUGAAGACGGCGAAAUUUCUCUAGGGACUGUCGAUGGCUGACGCUCAACCCAACGACUCGUAGGGCCUCAUCAGAGUGAUACAUUUCCACUGCUUUGAGCCAUUUAAAAUCCUUCGUCCCACCCAAAGCAUCUUUGAUUUGGGCGCAUCUGGUGGGGACAGUUCCAUUCGCACCGUCGCCCUCCUCAGCGGGACGGAGCUGCGGCGUUGGGAGUUAACUUGCUGGAAAUAACGCGAUGUGACGAUCUCAUUUGUGGCCGCCACCCCUCCGGGGGAAAGAACGACCCGUCUCUGGGCAGCAGAUUAUAUUCAGGCUCAUUACGACAUUGUUCCCAAACCAAUCCCCCCAGGCUUCUGCCUGUAAUCACUUUUACAUACGUGUUGGCCAAUGUCCCUCUGUCCCUGCUCACCACGUCGCAGGUGGAGAUGAUACCAGAGCCGCGUUACGCCGGGGAGAAGAGAUAUGGUGAUAACCGCCUGCGUGGGCAGCGGCCGGUGACUGCUGGUGUAACCGCUAAUUAAGUCUCAAUCGAAAUUAGAAUUUGGUUUAAUUUCCUUGACAGCCAGUGGACAUGGGUUGGGUGUUACGGGUUUUAUUAGGUUGGUCGUUUUGCUUUUGCAAUUUUAUUUUUUGUUUUAGAAAAGCAAUUAAGGAGCAAACAUAGAGAGCACAGUUGACAAAUUCCAUCUUCGCUUCCCGGCGGAUGUAUUAAUAAGUAUAUGGGAGGACAAAGAGUUUAACCCAUGCUCCCCUUGGCUGUUUUGCCCCAUCCAGCGGUGCUGUGGAGCCGUUCUGGUGUUUUGGGCUUGGUCCCGCACACCUUGCCUGGCUGAUCUGGGCCGCCAUGCUCCUGCCGCUACCGCCGCUGCUUCUGCCGUGAGUGCUCUUCUGCUAAAAGCCCUAAUUACCAUGUUUUUAACCCACGUACUUUGCUGAAUCUGAACAAACACACUACCAAAUGCAACAGCGAAGCGGCUCUUUUAUAGCCCAUUAAUGGUGGGAAGCGCUGGAGACGGCGCCAAUACCGAGAGCAAGAUUCUUCACUGGUGGUCAGUCUGUAGAGACGGGUGGGGGCUGACAGUGAGGGAUCUGCGGCACAUAGCCCCGAGUUCUUCUGAAGAAACGCGGUGAUGUUUGUGGGGUAUCAGAAAAACAGGCAUUAGAAGUCAGAAGAUGGAUCACCCGCAUGCGGGUCUUCAAGGGCUGGAGGGGACGGCUGUGCGGAAUAUUGCGACCGAGAGGAGGCUGGAGGAAUAAGUCAGUAAUAUGUGUGGAGCCGAGAGGUGGCUGGACCAUUCAUUCCCAUUAUGAAGAGCACUCAGAACCCAGCACGCUUUGACUUAAAGCUCCGAAAGUGCUGGUCCCUGAGGAGCCGGAGCCUUUCCAAGGAGGAACAGGCCACCUCACCUGGAUGGAGGCGUAUAACCAUCAGAGAUCCUGCACUGCUAAGGGAGGUCGCCUGGAUUUCGGAGGCUGCGCAGUACGGCUGGAGUUUGCCAAAACUUCUGCUUUUGCUCAGGUCCGGUUCUGUAGCUCCGGCUUGUCUGGAAAAUCAGAUUCAAGAGACAAAGAGUUGCUGAGGAUUUUACCCAUGAAAUCACAGCUUUUAAAACAGAUGAUGUCUUCCUUUUUCAAGGAAUAAAUGAGUAAAAACUUUGUGUCUUCUAUGAAGCAGCCAUCAGGAAGAAAGCUUUUAAUCCUGGUGAUUGGAGAGAACAGGAAAAUCAGCUGUAGACCAGGCACUCCUUGUCCACUUUAGUUUUUAGGGAAAAAAGCAGCAAGGCAAAGAGCCAAACCUUUAUAAUGAGUAUUUGUGCCAACAUACGCCAAGGCAGGUGUGUGGGACAGGGGACAUGGAACCAGCUACGCGUGUAUUAACGGUUUUAUUGUUAUCAAUAAUAUGCAACCAACACAUGACAGCCUUGAAGUGCCACCAGAGAAGGUUUAAAAGGGCGACAUGGUUGGGACAAUGCUAAGCUAAGGUGUUUAUUUAGACAUGAAAGUCAUGGCUGAGAUAGCUUUGUCAAUGAGGAGAGGCCAGGCAAGCUGUGGAGAAGGACCGCCCCGUGGUGGCACCACAGUGGUCCUGGUCUCCUGGCACCUGGUGUGACAUCCUGCAGGUCGGGGUGCUCUUCAGGUGGGCACUUCUUUGUAGACAGACCUAUUGCUGCAUAAACAUACUUGUAUUUGGACACAGUUAAGGUCCGGGAGGUCUGCAGGGCAUCAGGGUUUGUUUUAUGCCACUGGUAGUAUGAUUUCAAAGUGAACUUAGCCAGUUUGUCCUCAAGGAAGUGUUUUCUAAUUAAUACAGGAAAAAAAUAGAGUGAGAACACAGUAUCAGCUGGGCUCCUGCUAUGUCUGACACCUUCAUCUUCCCCUCCUGACGCUGCUCGGCCACACUGUCUGCUAAACAGAUUGGAUGUUUUCUUCUCUAGAUGGGCUGGGAUGCGUGAUGCUCUCCUCCUCCUGAGCGCAGGGUACCACCCCUGGGAUGCCAAAGGUCCUGGCGUACCCUGGGGCUAACGAGAGCUCCUGCACCACCCGCAAACCCCUUAUUUGGGUCUCUCUUCCCAGCGAUGCAGCUCGUUUCCCUCUUUGGACCCGGUUAUUCGAGCGCUGGGCUUUCUGAAGUGACUCGCCAUUGCAAGGGCAGCGCAUCCAACUGAUGAGGUUUUGGGUAACGCCGAGCAGCUGUUCUUUGGAAAUGAAGGAAACGAGAAGAAAUUGAAAUAAAUCACUGAGAUUUGAGUUUCCUCGCUGAUGAUCGCAGCCCUCCCGUCCCCGUACCUGCCUCGUCACCAGUGCCCACCUCCUAUCUCAUACCUGCUGUUUCCAUCUCGGAGAGUCUGGAAAUUCAGAUCCAUCUGUUUCUUUCCGAUGGUGAGAUAGUGUAUCACAGGCAACGCAGGCAGGGCCUGGUGGAGCCGCGGUGUUAAUUAAUGGUAAUCCCUUAAUCCGAGGGCAGUGUGAGAGACCGCCGUGCCCACUUUGUUCUCUCCUGAGCGCAGAGAAAUGCCAGACCCGUAACAGCAAAAUCGCCCAUCCAACGCCGUUCCGAGCACCAGAGGCAAGGGCACCGGGACAUCAAGGUAGGGGAACUCCGUCUGGUGCCUCAUCUGCUGAGCAUCUCCACCCUUCCCGACCCUCUGCUGCUGACUUCUUAUGGGCUGAGAUGGUGCUUCAGUUUGAAGUGGCUGGAAACCUCUUCCAAAGGCAACAGGAUGUAACCCACGAGAAAAGCCAUUUUGCUGCUGUUCUACCCGGGAGCAGGAGCUGCCAGACACAACACUGGAAAGGCGUCAUGGUCUUUGUAGGUUUGCUGCCUGAUUCUUACUGCGGAAAGGCUCCGAGAAAUCCAAACAGGGCUCAGCACAACUGCCUCGUCGAUUGGAGAAGCUGAUGCUCCUUGACUGAACCGAAUGGGGGGGAAGCGCAAGGGUGGUGCUGCCGGACCUGGGCCUUCCUCCCACCCUGCCAGGGCAGAGCAGCUCUGGACCCGCAUCCUUGGGACCCGGGCACCCCCAGGAUGCAGCACAAGCGAUGCCAGGGAGAGGAUGGGAGGCACAGCCCCGCACCAAGCAAAGGACACAGGUGUUAACCCCCCUGAAACAUCUUCUGCUGCCAAGCGAUGCAGGGAACAGACUUGUGGGAGACGAGCUGCUUUCCGCCUGGGACUGAGCCAGGUCACACCAGACCUCUCGAUGCUCUGCUCAGUGGAUGUUCCGCUGUCCAAAUCAUCCACAGGGAGUUCUGCUCCAGCAGAACAUCCUGACCUUGCAGCAGUGCUUGAGAAAAGACCCCGCAGCCCUCCGCUGUCUGGUGUUGGGCAGCCAAAGGGACGAGCAGCAGCUCCUUAGAAUCAUAGAAUCAUUUUGGUUGGAAAAGACCUUGAAGAUCAUCAAGUCCAACUGUUAACCCAACACCUCUGCUUGAGGAACCAGGCUCUAAGGAAAGCCACAGACCCCAGCAGAACCUCCGUAUUCUGGGCACGGAGACACCAGCUCUGCUUUCCUCAAAGCAGAAGUCAUCCCAGCAGCUGGCUGGCAAGGUGGCCGUAAGAAAGCAGCGGUCUGGAAAGUGUUAGAGCAAGAGGAGAAAUGCUGGGAAGCCCAGCACCUCGCCCAGCUUCCAGGUCGUUUAAGUUUAAUGGGGAAGGGGUUGGGGGGACAGGAGGACAAAAUCCGUUUCCAUGGCAACAUCCAGCUACAUGGUGCACAUCUGCAUUGCUGAUUUGGAGCAAAAAUGAAGUUUUGGGGUAGUUCAUAAAGAGGAAAGAAGCCGUGCGUGGGAGUGUGUGCGCACAGACACGUAUGCACACGCCAGGACAAGUGUCGCAGGGUUUAAUUACAGGCGUGGGAAGGUGACAUUUCCAGUGCUUACCUGACCAAGAUAAAGAAAUGAGGAGCCCGAAGCAAGGUUGUGUAUGUGCCAGCCAGACCUGUGAAAUGCGGGCCAUGAGCUUCUCAAAGCAGCGACAAAUUGCUCCUGGCUGAAGACAAGCCCAAGCUGUGCACCUGGUGAUGUUCAGGCUCCAUCGUGGCCGAAUGAGCUCCAGAUAACUCAGAAUGAGCUGCCUGCCCCAAAAGCUCCAUCUUCACUGCCCACCCAGCUGUCAGGGAGAAUCCUAUUUCAUCAAAGCUCCUGAGUCUGGCUUUAUCUGCUUGA